AUGGUCGAGGGAGGUCAUGUCCUCGGGGGAGCAGGGGGCGAGGCGGGAGGUAGGGCAGGGGUUAAGAGAAGGGUCGGGAGGAAGGGAGGUAAAGGGAACAAGGGUGUCUAUAGGUUGAGAAUUGUGUCAUGGAAUGUAGGUACAUUGACGGGUAAGUCUAUGGAGUUGGCGAAGAUUCCAGAAGAGGGGGGUCAAUAUACCGUGUGUCCAAGAGACAAGGAGUCCAGAGAGGUAAGAGAGUCUGUGGUUGAGAUUAGACGAGUGAAUGAUAGAUUGAUAAUGAUUAAGUUAGUGGUUGGAGAGUGCACCCUAAACGUCAUUAGCGCUUAUGCGUCGCAUGCGGGCCUAGAUGAGGAGGUUAAACGAUGCUUCUGGGAGGGGUUAGAUGAGAUAGUGCGCCAGGUUUCGCCUGCUAAAAAGCUAUUCAUAGGAGGGGAUUUCAAUAGCCAUAUUGGGUCGACUGCGCUUGGUUAUGGUGAGGUGCAUGGAGGCUUCGGUUUUGGGGAGAGGAACGGAUGA